CUGAAGUUCAGAACUGCCGAUAUGACAUUGCAUUGAAAUGGUGAGCUGUUACCUGUCACUGCUUCUGGUCUCCGCGUUGGUGCACCACUCUCAAGGACAAUGGAAGUCCUCGCUCGCCGAGGUCCAGAACAAGCCGAGCAAGGAUGCCCGGUGCAGCCUCUUCGGACAAGACCGGAUCCAAACCUUCGAUGGGAACUUUUACGAGUUUCCAGGGCACUGCAGUUACAAGCUAGCUGGUGACUGCGUCAAAAACUCCUUCUCGCUUUUAGGUAACUACCAGGCCGGAAAACGGAAAAGCAUUUCUCUGUAUCUGGGUGAAUACUUUGAAGUCACCAUCACUUUGAAAGGAGAAUUGUCAGUAGGGAAGAAAAGGGUCCAGCUGCCGUUUACAUCCUACGGUGUAUUCAUUGGGACAGAAGCAAGCUACUAUAUCAUGUCAAGCAAUGAACAUGGAUUCACAGCCAGGAUCGAUACCAACGGAAAUGUAGCCAUCACAUUGUCUAAAAAAUAUUUCAGUAGGACAUGCGGACUUUGUGGCAACUACAAUCACUUCCCCGAAGAUGAUUACUUGACUCAAGAAGGCUUCCAGGUAGAAAGCAGCUAUGAUUUUGCUAACUCUUGGGCAAUGGGUGGUGCUGAGGAGUUGUGCAGCAGAGUGUCUCCUCCCAGUAAAACUUGCAACAUGUCCUUUGAAGCAAUAGAAAAGAACUUGAUUGGAAAGUGCAAAAUGCUCAAAACACGCCAAGUAUUCAGAGAGUGUAAUGAUCUUGUGGAUCCAGAGCCGUUCAUUGCUAGUUGUGAGGAUGACACAUGCCACUGUAAAGGAAAGAAUUGUCACUGCCAAGCAUUUCUGGAAUAUGCAAGGUCUUGUGCUCACAAGGGUGCAGUCCUCAAAGACUGGUCUACAGAAAGUGACUGCAUACUGAAAUGUCCAUCUGGAAUGGAAUACCAAACGUGUGUGCCAGCCUGCGCCCAAACAUGCAAGAGUUUAAACAUCAAUCAGCUGUGUCACAACCAAUGCAUGGAUGGCUGCACUUGUGGAGAUGGGAAAGUACUGGAUGGGGACACUUGUGUAGCCUCUUCAGAAUGCUCCUGCAUGCACAUGGGCAAACAGUACCCGGCUGGUUCAAGUAUCUCCCAGGGCUGCCAUGAAUGCACUUGCAGCCAUGGAAAAUGGGAAUGUACCCAUGAGGAUUGUCCGGGGGAAUGUUUUGUCAUUGGGCAAUCACACUUCAAGAGUUUUGAUGAUAAGUAUUUCACCUUUGGUGGAAUGUGCCAAUACUUGCUGGCAAAGGACUGUGAGGAAAACACAUUUGCAGUCUUCAUUGAGAAAGUGCAGUGUGCAGAUGAUCCUGAUGCUGUUUGCAUAAGAUCAGCCACUCUGAAGUUCCAGGAGCUGGAAAACAUGACCAUUAAACUUAAGCACGGUGGCAGAGUUUCAGUGAAUGGCAUGGACAUACAGCCACCACUAAUACAAGGUGUUCUUCGUAUUCAGCACACUGUUCAGUCAUCAAUUCGGGUGAUAUAUGAUGAAGAUUUUCAGUUUGACUGGGAUGGGUAUGGAAAAGUUAAUCUGAAGCUGAGCGCCGUGUACACAGGAUUAACCUGUGGCCUCUGUGGAAACUUCAAUGGAAAUCAAGGAGAUGACUUCCUCACACCAUCUGGACUUGUUGAACCAGAGAUGGUCAAUUUUGGGAAUUCCUGGAAGAUCAAUGGAGGCUGUGCUGACUUGAAACAGAUACAUGCCGACCCAUGCAAAUUAAAUCCCAAGAGAGUGAGCUACGCUGAGGAGGUGUGCUCUGUUCUUCUGGUAACUGAGUUUGAACCAUGCCACCAUGAAGUGAAUCCUGCUCCAUUCCUCAAGAUCUGUCACUAUGAUGUCUGUGCCUGCUCCAAUGGCAAUGAAUGCCUAUGUUCUGCCAUUUCCAGUUACGCUACUAUAUGUGCCAGGAAAGGUGUCCUGAUUAACUGGAGGUCCCCAGACUUCUGUGAAAUGACCUGCCCUGAUGGACAGAUUUAUGAGCAGUGUGGCACCCCUUGUAACAAGACCUGCAGAUCACUCUCCAGUCCGGACACAGAAUGCACUGAAUUUUGUCUCGAAGGUUGCUACUGUCCACCCAAUCAGUACGCCAAUGAGGAUGGGCAGUGUGUCCCCAAAUCAGAAUGUUCCUGCUACUUCAACGAUGAGAUUUACAGACCACACGAGGACAUAGCAUUUGAAAACAUCAUGUGUUACUGUGAAAAUGGUGUGAUGCAUUGCAGUGCAAUAGAUAUGAUCCAUCAUUAUCCACCAAGCAUUUUCUUAGACACUGAAAGGACUGGGAGAGUCAAACGGGACACAAGUUGUACACCACCAAUGAGAAGAUUUGUUUGUCCAGAAGAUGAUCCGACAGCAAAAGGCAUUGAAUGUAUGAAGACUUGUCAGAACUAUGACUUGGAUUGCGUGAGCUCUAAGUGCAUGUCAGGUUGCAUGUGUCCUCCUGGGAAGGUACAAGUGGGGACCAUGUGCAUUUCUCCAGAAAUGUGUUCAUGUCUACACAAUGGCAAAGAAUAUGGCCCUGGAGAAACUAUAAAACAAGGCUGCAAUACCUGCAAAUGUCUCAAUCGCAAAUGGCUCUGCACUGAAAAAGUCUGUGAUGGCACCUGCCUUGGGAUUGGUGAGGCUCAUUAUAUUACUUUCGAUGGACUGAAGUAUACAUUCCCAGGCAAAUGUCAGUAUGUCCUGGUUCAGGAUAGUUGUGGUGUGAAUGAAGGAACAUUUAGCAUCUUAGUGGAACACAGUGGCUGUGGAUUGCCAGGAGAAGAAUGUUCAAAGGACAUUACUGUGUUGUAUGACGGAGGAGAGCUGGAGUUGUUUGGGCGAGAGGUGACAAUCAAAAGGCCUUUUAAAAAUGGAGAAAACUUGCAGAUAUUCAAUUCUGGUCUUUACUACAUUAUUGUAUUGGGUAAAAUGAUUUCUAUACUGUGGGAUAAGGGCACUCGAAUCUCUGUUCAAGUUCAGGGCCAGUACAUGGGUAAAGUCUGUGGAUUGUGCGGUAAUUUUGAUGGAAAUAAAAAUAAUGAUCUGCUGGGCAGUGCUAAUCAGCUUGAAAUUGACCCCAUUGAUUUUGGGAAUUCAUGGACAGUGAAACAUUUAUGUGCUGAUGCCUUUCAGACACCCUCUCCAUGCAAUGGAAACAGUCUGAAGCAAGCUAUGGUUGAAAAUUCUUGCAACAUCAUAAAAAGUAGCCUGUUUAGUGAAUGUGCACAGCUGAUUGAUCCUCAGCCCUUCUGGGAAAUCUGUGUGUAUGAUGCCUGUUCCUGUGACUCCACAGGACAGUGUCUUUGUCUUUGCAAUGCUAUAGCAGCCUAUGCACACGAAUGUGCUCAGCAAGGCAUUCUUGUCCCGUGGAGGACAGACAAACUGUGUCCUAUGAGCUGUGAAGAACUAAAUGAUGGACUAGCAGAACACGUGUGUGAGUGGAGAUAUAACAUAUGUGCACCUGCCUGCCCUCGGACCUGCCAACAUCCGGAAGUGGAAGACUGCCCUGUGAUGUGUGUGGAAGGAUGCCACGCACAUUGUACCUCAGGAACCAUACUGGAUGAAAAUUCACAGAAAUGUAUUGAUCCGGGAUUGUGCCCAUUUUGUGUCCAUGAGGGACAACGCAUUCCAGAUGGACAGGCAAUCGUUGUCAACAAAAGAACAGAACAUUGUCAGAACUGCCAGUGUAUUGGAGCAUUCUUGCAUUGUACAAGCUGUGCUGAGCCGACACCAGAGCCAAUUCCAACCAUGACAGAGGAAACCAUUGAAAUAGUCGAUGGCUGCCAAAGGGUAAUGGAGCUGGCAUUCUUGAUUGAUGGCAGUAAUUCAUUCUCAAAGAAAGAGUUUGAAGAUGUGAAGAAAUUUGUGUUGUCCAUGAUGGAACAGAUGCAGAUUGGACAGUCAAACAUUCGAGUCGCCAUGAUACAGUUCCACUCAAGCAUCAACAAACUAUUUGACCUGUGGGAGAAAAAGAGUGUCAGAGAACUGAAAACGUUAGUGAAAACAAUGGGAUACAUUGGCAGUUCCAAAUCAAACCUGGGUGAAGCUUUGAAGUAUACAUCAGUCCUUGUGUUUGGAAAGGAUUCGAGGAAGAAAGUACCCAGAGUAGCCAUACUUGUGACAGGAAGCCCCUCAUCUAGUGUGGUUAAAGGAGCCUUACAAUUAAUUGGCAAGAGAAAAGUAUCUGUGAUCACAGUAGGCAUUGGAGCAGGUAUAAACCGAAAGGAAAUAGGCUUGAUAACAGCCAAGUCACCUGGAGGGAAGUCGUUUAUUUUGAAAAAUGUCGCUGAGCUCAAAGACUUUAGGAAGGAGAUCUUAGAUUAUAUGUGUAGUCGUGGAGCCACACCACAGACCCCUGCCUCUGUGGUAACUGUAGCUCCAACAACAACACCAUCAACCACGUCUCCAUCAGUUGCCCAUGUAGUGAUCACCACCCCAUCGCCUGGUGAAGAAAUGAAACGUGAUGUUGUCUUCCUUCUGGAAGCAUCAGAUAAGGUGGGAGAAGAUAACUUUAACAAGACAAAAGAAUUUGUUAUUAAAAUGAUUAAACAGUUCAAAGUAGCAGAAGAAACCACACAUGUAUCUGUCAUCCAGUAUGCUGAUACUGUAAAUGAAGAGUUUGAUUUUACAAGUACUCAGAGCAACUGGGAAGUGAUUGAAAGAAUAAAACAAAUGCGAUUCCAUGGAGGAGAGCAGACCAACACAGGCAAAGCAAUACUGCACCUCAUCGAAUCUACAUUAACCACUCAUAAUGGUGCAAGGGAUGAAGCACCUGACCUGGUGUUUAUGAUAACCAGCAACCCUCCAACAGACAGUAUCACAAAUCCUCUCAACACAGUCAAAGACCAUGGUGUGGAAUUGAUCCCAAUCGUUGUUGGUCCUGACAUUGAUGUGAACAUAUUCCCACCUCCCAUUGUGCAAACUACCUAUGACAAUAUUCCUGAAAUAGUUGGCACAGUUUAUAAAGACUGCUGUCAGUCAGACAGUACUACUGCAACCACAACCACAACCACAGCCACUACAAGAGGUUUAAUACUGCCAUCAUCAGAGCUAUGUGCUGAACCAAUGGAUAUUAUCAUCCUUCUUGAUGGUAGUGACAACAUCAGAAAGACAGAGUUUGAAGAAAUGAAAAGCUUUGUGAAAUCAUUGAUCAAGAAGGUGAAUACAGGGUCAGAUGCGACUCAUAUCUCCAUCCUGCAGUAUGGAAGGAUCAACACACUGGAAAUCUCUUUCAACAAAAACCAGGAAAAGGGGAAUCUUUUGAAUCUGAUUGACAAUAUCCAGCAAAGGGAACCUGGGCCAAGUCAAAUAGGAAACGCACUCUCCUUGGCUGUUCAGUAUAGUGUAACUGAGGCAAAUGGAGCAAGGGCUGGGGUUCCAAAGGUUGCUGUGGUAUUAGUUACUAAUACCUCCACCGAUGAUGUUAGCUUGGCAUCACAGGAAGCAAUCAUAACAGGUGUUACAGUGAUCCCAAUAGGAAUGGGGAAAAGGUAUGAUAAGCAACAGCUUUUGAGCCUAGCUGGGCCCAACCCACAAAAUGUCGUACAGCUGCAUGAUGUAGAAGUACUGCCCAUGAUGAUGGAACUUAGUAAUGAAUUUAUAGAAAAAGUCUGCACAGCGACUUCUCCUCAGGAAUGCAUAGAUGACAAAGGAAAUCGGCGACAGGCUGGGGAGAAGUGGAUGUUGCCUGAUAAAUGUCACAGCUUCAUGUGCAAACCGAAUGGGGAAGUUAUUUCCAUAAAUCAUAAAAUAAACUGUGAGAAACUACGUAAACCAACCUGCAGUAACAACCUUCCCAGUAUCAAAAUUGAGGAAACGUGUGGCUGUCGAUGGUCAUGCCCCUGUGUUUGCACAGUAACUGCACAAACAGAGUUUGCUACUUUUGAUGGGCUCGAGUUCUCAUUAACUGGAAGGUGCUCCUAUGAGUUGCUACAAAUAGAAGAGCAAGAUACAAAAAUAAUUAUGCACAAGGGUCCAUGUUACUUGGUCUCCAGAGAAAAUUGCAUCAAAGCAAUUGAAAUCAAGCAGUACAAUACUGCAACUUUGCUACAUGAUGAUAUGACAGUUACAGUCAAUGGGAAGCUAGCCCGUCUUCCCUUAACUGUUGGGAAUAUGGAUAUUGUUGACCAUGGGUCCAGUAACUUUGUAGCAAAUAUUCCCAAUUUGGGAUUAGUUCUCAUCUUCAGUCCACAAAGCAACCUUUUCGGUCUUUGGGUUUCUCCCACGCUGUUCUUUGCUAGAAUAUCUGGACUUUGCGGAACAUGUGACAACAAUCAGUUAAAUGAUUUUGAACUUCGAAAUGGUUCUAUUGCUGAAAGUAGCCUCUUGUUCAUAAAUGACUGGACUCUGAAGGAACCAUCACCGCAGCAUUGUGCCGAAGAAGUGCCACAGGUCCAUGACUGUGUGUCAACAGGCGAUCAAUGUAACAUUCUGCUCUCCUCAGUAUUUGAGGAAUGUCAGAAGGUGGUUGACCCACAGCCAUACCUCAGACUCUGUCAGAAGAAGGCUUGUAACGGCAGUGAGGUGUGCGACUCUAUUUCUGCAUAUAGUUUCAGGUGCAAACUUCUGGGCAUCUGCGUCAGUUGGAGGUCGGAGAGUUUUUGCCCCAUGCACUGCCCUAACUCUUUUGUGUACGAAGCUUGUGGGGUAAAUUGUAUCCGGCACUGUAAAAACAUUGCAAACAUGAAUGCUACAAAUUGCCUGGGUUCUCCAACUGAAGGCUGCUUCUGUCCAGAGGGCAAACUGCUAUUGGAAGGGAAGUGUGUCACUGAAGAUGUCUGCACUCAAUGCACGGAUGAGCAGCAAGUUCAUCAUCAGUAUUUGGAUACAUGGAUACCUCAACAUGAUCCCUGCCAGCUGUGCAUGUGCUUAGAAAACAAACAGAUCAACUGUACAAACCGGCCCUGCCCUACCGUAACUGUACCCACGUGUGGCACCUGUCAAAGUCCUGUAUUAAAGCGGGUCGCUGAUGAAUGUUGUCCACAGUAUGAAUGCUUUUGUGAUUUUCAAUCCUGUGAAUUGCAACCUAUCCCAAACUGUGAAGAUGGGAGCUUACUUUCACUGAAGAAUCCAGGCGAAUGCAGGGCAAUUUAUGAAUGUGUCUGCAAUAGGAACAAGUGUAAGAGCCGACCUAUGAAGUGUCCACCGCAUCGUAUAUUGAAAGCAAUUGCAACAACAUGUUGUGACAGAUAUGAAUGUGUUUGCAGUUGCAGCAAUGAAAUUGUAAGCUGCCCUGCUGGAUAUUCAGUCAAGUCGGUAAUAAAUGAUUGCAACUGCACCACGUCCCACUGCGAACCUAAUGAGGUUUGCAUUCAUAAUGAUGUUGUCUACAUGGUUGGGAGAACUUGGGAGGAAUCUUGUAAGGAAUGUUCCUGCACCAACAGAAGGGACAGCAUCACAGGGCUUCUUGAGGUGCAGUGUGUUGUCAAAACCUGUAACAAGAAUUGUCCAAUUGGUUACAGCUACAGAGAAGAGGAAGGUGCUUGCUGUGGAAAAUGCAAGCAAUCAGUGUGUGAAGAAAGUAUCUUGCAAAGAGGUGAUGCAGACCCUGUCAAAAUUAUACAUCAGGCUGGUGAUCAGUGGAUAUCCCCAAAAAAUCCGUGCAUUGUACGUGAGUGCUUGGAAGUCAAUGGGGAAGUGAUUCGGCAUGAAAAGAAUAAGUCCUGUUCCCAUAUUGAUGUGCCUAAGUGUCCUCUUGGUUAUGAGCUGCAGUGUGACCAAAUCAUAGACUGUUGUCCUGUAUGCCAAUGUGUUCCAGGAAAUGUUUGCUUGCUAAAUGGAUCCACCAUUGGGGUGGGAGAAUCUGUGAAGAUUGAUGACUGCACUCUGUGUCAUUGCUCAGUAAAUCGGGCAAAUAUACACUUGAAUGUAGAAUUGUGCGUUGUACAAAUUGCCCUGAUUUCCCUGGAGAACUAUAGGCGUUCAGCUGUUGAAACUCUGGGAAAUCAUCACUUGUGCAAAUGUGCCAUGACAUGCAGAGACUUACUGACAGAUCUGAUGGCUGAAUCUGUCGGUUUGCCCUGUCACUGGGAUCCUCCUGGAGUCCAGCAAUGGAGCCUGGUUUCAGGAUACAUGAUGAAAAAGAAAAUGGUUCUUGCUGUGGGAAAUGUCCUGGCCACAAUGUGA